CAGCUUGUUCAAACCCUUUAAAAAGACUGCAUAUACACUUCUUGGUUUUUAUCAAACCAAAAAUUCAUUUCCGCUUUCCCCUCUCUCUCACUAGUAAAUACACACCAUGUAUGGACACAUUGGUAAUGAAUUUUCUUAUAACAACUUAGGCCAUUUUCCAUUACCAGACAUCACUAGUACUACUACUGAACCAUUAAUCCUGCCUCAUCUCACAAUUCCGAGCAACAACCUUGACUCCCUUUCGGCAUUCAAAUCCGAUAGCAGUGGAUGCAGCAGUUAUAUUGGCUCUCCCGCUUCAAUAACCAGUUAUGGAACACACACUUCAACUUUGAUUCAACGGAGCAUCAGUAGCCACUCUCUUCAGAAAAACUAUGAAGGCUACUCUCAACUGGAUUCAUCCCCGGUCAGGAAGGUUUUAAGCACUGGUGAUUUGCAGGGCAUAAAUUUGGCACAACAUAACCAGCGUUUCAAUAGUCCAUUGUCAAAUGAUAGCAGCAUUAUCAUAGAAAGUAUGAACAAACCCUGCCGAUACAGUCCUGAGGAGAAAAAAGAGAGAAUUGAGAGAUACAGAAGCAAGAGGAAUUUGAGGAAUUUCAACAAGAGGAUCAAGUAUGAAUGUAGGAAGACACUAGCAGAUAGUCGACCGCGCAUCAGGGGGAGAUUCGCGAGGAAUGAUGAAACGGAGAAGACGACUCAGAGUCAUUAUGAUCAUGCGGGUAUAGAGGAAGAUGAAGAGGACGACGAUAACUGGAUCAAUAUUAUUAAUGCUUUUUCUGCAAAUCUGAUGCCAUGAUCCCAAAAGAGUUCCCAAAAUUUAAUGCUUAGAAGCUACUUAUGUAUUUUUAACAUUUCAGCGUUAAGGAUUUAUAAAGAUGAAAAUUAAGUAGUCUACAUUUCCUUUAUUGCAUUGUCAAAAAGAAAAAUUAAAUUUGUGCAAAGAAAAUGUUACUUAUCAAUUUCAAGAA